CAUAUCACAGAGCAUUAAUGGAAAAGCACCGUAUACCAUCAUCCAUAGUCCCACCACUGCCAGCGCUUCAGCAACUCUAUAAUAUCCUUUUCACAUCGAGACACAUUAACUUACUUACACCGGCUGAUUGGGACGCCUAUAUUUUCUGGCUCUCACACCAUAAGGACUAUCAUAUGCUAAGCUUAGUUCAUCUACCAUCCUUGGUAAUCCAAAGUUAGCACGUAAAUGCAGUGCUCAAUCAUACAUCUUACUCACCGAGGCUCGAUUACACACACUUGUUAAUGGGAAGCAGUCCAUCCUGGAUCACUCAGAGUCAAAUAUGCGAUCAGAGGAUACAAAACAAACAAAUGGGCUGGAUUUGCCUAUUAUUCAAUCACCAUCAGAGCUUGUGGAAAAUACGAUUGAGUACAUGAAAGCCCAUAAAGUCCUUCGCAAUGCAGAUCUCUAUCGUCUCUGGCUUGCCACAGCAUUUCAGGAAAGGGACUGGCAUGCAGGGAUAAAGGCUUGGAAGCAGAUGGAGUCUGAAAAAAAGAGCUUGCCUCUACCUUCGAUCGCUACGAUUGCAUAUGCCAUUCAAAGCUAUAUCCAUACUGAUGAGAUUACGAAGACAGUAAAGUUACUUGGCUCGGUUAUAGAUCGAUAUAUCUCCAUUCAACAGCAGCAAAGUGGUAUCGAUCUUCUAGAUGUAACACCGCUUGUUGUGACAAGCGGGAGUACUGGAGGAAACACCACGGAUAUGGAGGCGGCUGAUGGAAGGAUAGAGUUCCUGAGACGACGAAAACAAGCCAUACAAAGCCUUGCCACAUCGCAAGGGAAGUCGAUUGCUGCUCGGACUCCUAGUUCAAUCGAGGGAUGGAAGGCUGUCAUCAAUCCUAUAUUAAUUGAAGUCAUAUGCCUGGGGCGGGAUGAGCAUGGGUUCCCACUGGCCAUGGAAUUGGCGCUCGAUCUAUUUGAGAAAGGACAUGCUCUUGAUGAGAUCCAAUUUCAGUAUUUAAUUCGAUCCAUUGCAGCUAACAAAAAUUCACAGAAAGCUAUGGGGUUUAUGAGGCGUUUAGUUGAAAUGAAUAAAUGGACCCAACUUGGCUCACCAAAAACACAUAAUAUCGAGAUUGAACGCGUUUUACAGAGCCUAAACGAUCAGAAUAGCGCGAAAAGCCCGAUUGAAUCAAGGAGAAUAAUGACAGAACUUGGGCUUCAGGAGAUUCUGAGGCAAGCGAGUAAUGACCAUGAUUUUGAUCGCGUUCAGGAUAUGAUCCAGGAGCUGACCGAUCAGGAACUCCCAUUGGCAGCAGACGUGUCGGAAAAGGUCAUAAUUGAUCUAACGAUGAAUCAUCGAUUCGGAGCCGCCCUUGAGGUAUUGGACAAAUCUUUGCGAGACAAUCAUGUACCAUCUAUCAGUGCCUUGAACCGUUUGUUACGUGGCUUGGUUAAGAGUGACAUGUUGGACGAGUCAGUAGAGCUGUUUCGUAAUUUGGCUGAGAACCAUGGCGUCAAGCCUGAUGUCCACAUGUACCGCAAUGUCUUGAAGUUGACGGCAGCAUACGGACAGCCCCCCAUGACACGAAGAAUACUAUCAAUACUCGAAGGACUGGGCGUGAAGCGAGAUGGCGAAAUGUACCUACAACUGAUGCUGACCUAUGUUCGUUCAGAGAACCUGUCAGAGGCUAUCAAAGUAUUUGAGGAGAUGGAUCGUUCUGGAAUAGCAAACGAGAUCAAGCACAUCAAUGCUCUACUCGAAGGGGCUGUUCGACACUCAAUACCAGCAACAGUUGUUGGCAUCUUAGAGAUCAUGUCAUCACAGAAAAUACGUCCAAAUGCUCAAACUUGGAACAUCCUCCUUGGUGGCGCAUUAAGGGCCCGAGAUCGACUGUUUGCUCGUGAGUUGUACCAAGAACUUUGCCACUCGUCUUGGGUGAUACAGAGGAUAGGUCUGAUGGAUCCCUUCACGCAUCUCGUCAUCCAGAGACUUUUCAACUUCUUAUGAAUUCAUUUGCAGAUCGAUAUGGUGUCGAAUCAACACUAAAACUACUAAAGGAAGCAUUAGAUGCUGGAUAUCCUAGUCGCGUGGCAUCGAGCAUGUACCGAGAAUUGUUGGGCAAAAGCUGUAAACGAGGAAGGGAGCUGUUGGCUAUGAAUUUUAUCGACUAUUACGACA